UUCGGCUCAAGUUACAUUCGGUGUUUGCGUUCAACGAAGGUCGCGACACAUGUUGAAUUAUACAUUAUUCUUUUCAAAACGCAAAUAUACGACCAUACUAGCUUUUGCGGAGACCUAACCGAUUUCAUGAACGAGAACGAAAGCCUAGAACGUGCACGCACGCUACUUGAAGAGCUUGAGCUCUUUACAGAACAUGUUCGACAGAAUACAUUAGGAACCAUACCAAUCCCGCAGGUGGGAGGCAAGCUGUCGUCCUUGAAAGGAGAAUUACGAAAUGAAACUGGAAACUUGCAAAAGAAACUUGAGGACAACCCAUCGGCUAAUGCUCGAUCUGGCAGUAAUUUGCUGUUCUAUGAGACUCUCUGGGAGGUAGCAAAGCGAUCGUCUAGGAUCUUCGACAUACGACAACGAGUAUGUACGGAACAACUAGACAAACCACUCCAAGCACCAGGGCAGCGUAUCAUACCCACCCUGGGUACUCACAUGGGCUCAAAAUACCGGCACGUUAUGGUUGACCUCAUUACAGAUGCAGGUCAUACCUGGAUCAAAAUAUCCACAAUUACGAAUAGAAGGUUACUGUUUGAUCUUGCAAAGGAAGCCAUUUUCUGCGGCGAUAGCGAAGAUGAGGACGAGGAGGGAGGAUACACGAUCGAAGACGACUUGGAUAUCCCAAUAUUAAAGACCACGAAGGAAUUAGCUCGGGCUGCUAAAAAUCACCGAAUACGGACAAAAACGCCGGUUAUUCAGCUGAUACUCUCACGAAUAAAGCAGCAUGAAAACCCUGAAGUCGACAAAAUAGUCAGUCUCUGCCGGCAAGUACCAGGAGUCGAAGUGUUCUGCAGUGACGAUCUGCCUCCAUCGCCGGAACUAACCGACGAGAUCAUGUCUAGGAUGUACUCCAAUCCUAAGACAAAAUUUUCCCAAACUUUGAAUAUUGACACUUCAGUUAUAGUGGCUCUGACGUCCGACUUUUCACACAUGAAUGUUGAAUUAGAGGACUGGUUCGAUCGUCAGAGAAUUGCUCACUCCGAGCAGGAAGCCAAGGAUCAUUUCCUGCCCACGCAAGUUUAUCCUAUUAUUGAUGGCUACGAGUUGGUUUGUGUGGAGGAGGCCGUCGAAACCUACCGAAAUAUCGUCGAUACAAUUGGUACUGAUACUGAGAAGGCUCGCGCAAGGCUGGUAUUAGGGGAGGACAUGUCAAAGUCAUCGACUCAACUUGUUGAGGAAUUGCAAAAAUGGUCUGUCCAUGCAGUACCUGCUUCUCUCAAGCUACCAAUUAGGGUGGUCAGUACCGAAGAGUGCCAGGAAAACCUUCCAUCCGAAGCGCAGCAGGUCUUGGAGACUCAGCUGAACCCUGGGAGAUCAGUAUUCUCAUACGGAUGGGCCAAGAGGCUUACUACAAUAACUUGCAACGGAGUGGCAACAAAACAGCUUUCGCAAGCGCUGGAAAACUUUUCCGACUGCGAUGAUACGGUGCUAGAUGACGCGAUCUGGCCCUCCAUGUGGGCCUUCUCCUCGUCUCGGCCUUUACUUGGUGUGAAGAAGUCAGUCGGCUGGACGAGGAAACACAUCGGUGACUGCGAAAGGAAUGGGUGCACAUGUGGUCUCGAGAAAUUCCACACGGGUAUUGAACCGUCCGCAUAGAAAUAUGUUCUAUUUACAGGCUUCCCUAGAAGGAUCGCCAGUAUUUAUAGAAUCGAGAGAUCACUUUUAUGCGCAUUGAUGGAGCGAGGCUCAGCUAGGCCUCGUUAAAUGUGGUAAGGUUCUGUACACUUAUUACCCU